GGCGCGCGCUAUAAAGCAGGACACGCGGCCGGUGGCACGCGCCUGUGGCGGUCGCGUGCGGGGUGAUAGCCGUCUUGGUUCUCUCCGUAGGAAAUCUCUACCACUGCCCCUCCCCCGUGUGGGAUUUUGGCAAUUUUGUGCAACCUAGAACACAUGAGGGCUGGAGGAGGAUGGGGUGUAGGGGCAGAUACACGAUACGGAGUUACCAAGGCGGAAGUGAGUGCACGUGGAGGACUGGAUUGCUUCGGAGCAGCAGGUAGGAGUAGACGAGGAGAAAAGGGAGCCAGGCCUUUGUUCACCUGCAAGAAUACUAAUACAGUGGCUACAAGAUACCUAAUGGUUUUGUUAUUGGGCCUGAUGGUACAAGCAUUUCGUCCCAGCUACUCAAGUAAAUUACAUAUUUCGCCCAAAAUAUUUUAACCACACACUCGCCUCUAAACCAGUCUUUUUCUGCCUACUGGUCAGUGCCAUUAUCAUACUUGAUUAGACUCUUUCCUCCUGGGAUCCUACUAUUCUCUUUGUGUUCCUUGCUAAGUCAUCUCCCAGAUGGCUUUCACGGGGUGGUUCAAAUCUGGCUGAGUUCGAAGACACUGGGCCUUGUUUUUAUAGAUAGAUAGGUAGGUAGAUAGAUAGACAGAUAGAUCGAUAGAUGGGUGUAUAGAUAAAUGUAUAGAUCUAUGUAGGUCUAUAUCUUUAGAUAUAUAUAUCUUACAUCUCAACAGGGUUUUGCUAGUUUGUAUUUUGCUCCAUAGGACCCCUCCUUAAUUCUCCCACCAGGUUCCUCAGAAGGAUGUGUGUCUUUGCAGGUUUGUUUUUCAAGGUUACGAGCAGAUACAGCUAAGACAGGGGAACAUCAUGUCCAUAGGGAAUCUCUGUGGACCUAUUGGACUGGGGAAGUUGGAACAUCUACUGGAUUUUGUGUUUAUCAGUCUUUUGUAUUGUGUUAGCUUGGCCACCAUCCCUGAAGGCAAGUAGCCUUGACAUUGCAGAAGGCCUGAGGCUCCUAUGAUGUUUAGCACUGGGCUCCAAACAUCCUUGAGGACACGGUGCCCCUCCAGGACCUUUGACACCUGGAGGUCUGAGGACCUCUAAAUUUGAUGUUCUGCACCUGUGGGCUGCCCACACACAUAAUUCUCACCAAGUCCUUUCGGUAUUUACAGGUGUAUCUUGAAGCCAAGUAGCCAUCCAUCAUCAUCUUACUGUGGUGGCUGAGGCAGGAGGAUCCUGAGUUCACAUCCAGCCUGGACUACAUUCAAAAAUAAACAGAGGCUGUUCCUUUGGACACCAGGCUUCCCUCCAGACAGAGGCAGUUCCUUCAGACAACCAGGCUUCCCUUCGGGUGGUUGCUGCAAACAGCCUACUUCCCGUCAGCCUCUGCCACAGUAUUGCUUCUAGCCUUCUUGCUACUCUUACCUUGAGACUGUGAGUGCCAUGGCAGAGAGAGUGCUGGUGCCCACCCAGAUAGGCCGGGGGGACCGCUACUACACAUACACGGAGCUGUUGGCUAUCUCACGGCGUUUCAAGCAGAACCCCAAUGAGCUCAUGGUCACCUGGAUCCUGCGGGUGUAUGAUCAGGGAGGCCCUGCCCUGUCCCUGAAUUCUGGGGAGCUGGGGCUGCUAGGUGACCUCACCCAUGAUGCCAUCUUUAACUACCGCUGCAAGGCCCUGAGGGGGGCUGGCUGCCAGACUCUACUGAGCUGGCUGCUGCAGGCCUGGCGUCAGCGCUGGGAAUCCUCCCUGCAUUUUGAGGCCACUGAGUUACCCUUCAGGCCCUGGACCACCAUGGAGGAAGGCAUCCAGCUAGUGCGUGAGCUGGGCAUGAUUGAGUGGAUCUACCUUGACCCAGAAGGGCCUGUGGACCUGGCCCCAGAGGAUGUGGCCUUCACUCAAGGCCUGCAGCGGCGCCUGCUCACAGCAGCGCCCUCUGAGCUGCGGCUUUCACUGGUCAGCCUGCUGGUGCGUGGCAUGACGGUAUUGGAGGCGGUGAUGGAAAUCCAGACUAUUGCUGAUGUGGGCCUGCUCUGGCGCCAGAGCCAUCCAGGCCGCACCAAGCUCAUGUUGGGGCCCAACCCAACUCGUAAGGACCUCCUAGGCUGGCUGCUCAGCCACGGUGUACCCCGGGAGCAAGUAGACAGGCAGCCCACCAAGGUACUCCUAGAACUGUACAUCAAAGAAGCCAAGCGCAGUCGUGGCCACCCCAACUAUGGGCUGACUGAGGAGCAGCCCCCACCACCCCCUUACUCCGACCAGGCCUGUGGGGAAGAGCAACCAGUGCAUCAUGGACUGAUUGUGGACUGACUUCAAGAGAACACUUACACUCCAGGGUUGAAGGUGGGAAGAUGAAUUGCAGAGGCUGCCUGUAACCCAGGCGACUAGGGAGCAGCUUGGCGAGCACCUUCCCCAUAUUCCCACCCUACAGCACUUAAUGCCAAGCUCAGUGGCCCCAAAGAGGAGUGUGCAUGUUCUAGCCACACAGUCCGUAUGGAAAGUGAGCCACAGGUGGCUAUUGGUUGUGAAUCUGGGGUGCUUAUGGCCCUGGAAUUAAUCCCUUUGAGUUGGAGCUUGAGGCCAUGCUAAGAUGUUUGCCACAACAGGGUCCCCACCCCUCUGCCUCCACAUGGGCCCCAAAGCACUACAUACAGGCCAUCUUGAAUUUUUUACUUUUUCAAUGCAACACUUACAUAGUAUUUUAGGUAUAGGCCACACUUCCAUGGACUUUUACUGGAUGUUUUGACACUUUAGGGCCAGUCUCCCUAUUGUAAAGGCUUAACAUUGCAAACUUUUCUAAUGCAGCAUUUUUACUUUAUAUUUUAUUUUGAGCUUAUGUGACACUUUGGUUUUGGGGAGAGGAGAACGCCCCUUUGUAAAGAUUUUGUUUUGAAGACCCUGUCCCCGUUUUCUUUUAACCAUCCCCUUCCCUUUUGAAGCACCUUCCAGCUGGGUCUGGUCUCCCUGGCUGCACAGAUGGCCCCUGGCCAAUGCAGGUCUGGAUUUAAUGGAGGGGCGAGGUGGGCAGCCCUGGAACUUCUGCCUUCGUGAGUUUCUAUUAAAUGGCUGGUUCAUUGCCCUC